CUGGCAAUGCAAAGCUUCGGUGAUACUGCUUGUCUAACGUAGAUUGAACCGUAUCGGAGACGGCGGCGGAGUGAUGCGAUCUCGAACUUGCAUCACACAGCCACACGUAAUGUGGCUCUGUGCUUGAGCGCUCGGUUUCUCUAACGCUAAAGUUUUACGUUCCAGCAAGGUCGUUUGCAAUGCUGUAACUGCCCGUCUCAACCUGUCCGCGUCCUCUAGAGUCAUGCGAUGCGAUUACCGCACACUGGAUGAGCUGAUAAGAGGGACAACAGUGCGCGUGACGACACCAAAACCUACCGCCACAAGGACAGCGGCCAUACAAUACCAAAGCAAUAUAGAGGCGUUAUAACGCAAUCCACCCAAAACAAAAUAUUGCCCUCAGCUGCAAACUACAAUGUGUUCACCAUGUACAGACUUUCAGAAAAAGUUUAUAUCACUAGGAUGUUCGUCCUUUCUAAUCUUGCUAGCGAUUACACUAGGCGUGCUUUGGCCAUCCCUGUCCGAGCAGGUGCUGCACAAUAAACUGGUCAUUAAGAAUGGAUCGUCGAACUAUGACAACUGGAUUCGGACACCUAUACCCAUGUAUCUGGAGGUAUAUUUCUUUAACUGGACUAAUCCGGAUGAGGUUAAGACGAAGAACGGUACUAAGCCACACUUUGUGGAGAUGGGACCGUACACGUUUUCCGAGGUUCACGAACGUGUCAACCUAGUCUGGAACGCUAACAGUACGGUAACAUAUGAGCAGCGCAGGACGUGGCAUUUUGUACCGGAGCUAUCGAAAGGCACACUGGAUGAUCAAGUUACAAAUUUGAACGUUAUCACCUUGAAUGCUGCACAUUUUUUACGCAAUACAUAUCCCCUGCUUAGACCACUAAUAAAUAUAUUCCUUAAAACGGAUGGUUCGUUGCUGUGGAAAAACAAACCAGUGCGCGAGCUGCUGUUCGAAGGCGUUAAAGAUCCACUACUAGAUCUGCUGAAGACUAUCAAUAGCACAUCACUGAACAUACCGUUUGAUAAGUUUGGCUGGUUUGUUGGGCGUAAUCUGAGCGACACGUUUGACGGCACCUUCACGAUGAGAACGGGUGCGGAUGGGCUGGAAAGCAUGGGCUUCCUAACGCAGUGGAACGGUUCACCCAACACCGGCAUGUACCGGGGAAAGUGCGGCGAAGUGUACGGUACGUCCGGCGAGCUUUGGCCAGCCUCUAGCAAUGUUCCGGCAAACAUUACACUCUUCCCAUCGGACAUUUGUCGUUCCAUUACGCUGCAAGGCAGGGAACAAGUUUCGCUGUACAACAUACAGGGCACGAAGUACGUUGGCGACGAUCGUGUUUUCGACAACGGUGUAAAAUACCCCGAGGCUAGCUGCUGGUGCAACUCCAAUCCCACCCAAUGCCCCGACCUUAAGCCGGGUGUGUUUAAUGCUUCCGCCUGCAAAUAUGGAUCGCCAACGUUCGUAUCGUUUCCGCACUUUUAUCUGGCCGAUGAAAGCUACCAAACUGCUGUAACGGGACUGCGGCCAAAUCAAACGGAGCACGAGUUUUACAUGGCAAUCGAGCCAUCGACUGGCAUUCCGUUGGACGUUCGUGCCCAGCUGCAGAUCAAUGAGCACUUGCAGCCGAUAAAAGGGUUUAGUUUCUACGAGCAUGUACCGGACGUAAUGGUACCGAUGAUCUGGUUCCGACAACGUGCAACCCUGACGCAAGAGCUGGCAGAACAGGCGAAGCUUGCACUGGCACUACCGUCGCUCGGCAUCUACGUGGCGGUCUUCUUUGGCUCUAUCGGUAUUAUCAUGACGUCCGUAUUCCUAUUCUGCAGUAUCAAAAAAUGGUCCCAAAGCGCAGAGGUAGUUCCGUACGAAGAGCUACAAAAUUAACGUGUUAAAAGCAUCGACGCAAACAAAAAAUAUCCAGCAAAAGUGCCUUAAAGUGAUAAACCAAUUGGGCAAUUCCAAAGAAGAUGCGGAAAGAUAUAUUUUGUUUCGUUAGUAAUGCGUUUCGUUAGUAAUACUCUUUUAAUUUGAGCUUCAUUUUUACAACUUUUUUCUUGCCUCACUUUUACUCAGUUCUUAAGAAGUGCCAAAAAAAAAAGAUAAAAAAAUAUCCGAAUGCACGGAUAAAUUAGUUAUUUCAAUUUUGUCUGAGUUAGACUAAAUACUAUUGUGGUUGCAGUAGUUUCUAUAGGCACUAGCAUCUUUAUAAUUGUACUAAAAUUGCUCAAUCAAAAGCGUGUUUCGUUACCGAUUGGAUUCCUUUGCUGCAUAAUAUAGACUGAGAAUUACGAGAAAUGUAGUAAUUUACGAUCGAGUUGUAUAUAAAACCGAUAACAAAGAGUAAAAAUGAAUUAGAAUCUAAAGAAUAGACAUUCUAAUCUGAAGACAGGUUUUGUAUAUUUACAAAAAGUACAUAAAAUAUAUUUUACUUGGUGAA